GGGAUCAAGGGAAUGUGACUUGGCGAGUGCCAGAACACUGGGAGUCCAGUGAAGAAGGAAGACGAGGACUAAGCUGAGAGAGUGAGAGAGCACUAAUAAAGAUCUGCUAAACUUAGAACUUUUAUUGUGGUGAGAGAGAGGGAGAGAGAGAGAGAGAGAGGGGCUUGCUGGCACCACAGUUUGUCCAUCGCGGCUGAAACUUCUCUCACAGGAUCAAGUGUUCUUCUUCUUCAUUCAUCCACUAAACCUUCAUCCUGAGAGGAGAGGAGAGCCGCUUAGCCAUGAAGAGACCUCACGACUACAGCUCUCCAGACUCGGACACAGACGAGCUGAUUGAUGUCGGACAGGAGGACAGUUACUGUCCUGUCACUGGGUCCAUGUCGCCAGGCAGUACCUCACAGAUCCUAGCCCGAAAAAAGAGAAGAGGGAUCAUUGAGAAGAGGCGCAGGGACAGGAUCAACCACAGUCUGUCCGAACUAAGAAGACUGGUGCCCAGUGCUUUUGAAAAACAGGGCUCAUCCAAACUGGAGAAGGCAGAGAUUCUUCAAAUGACAGUAGAUCACCUAAAACUGCUGCAUGCAGUUGGAGGAAAAGUUUCCACUUGUUUUCGAGAGAAAUCUGCAGGGAUGUUUUUCCACAACUCCAAAGGUUACUUCGAUGCCCGUGCACUGGCGGUGGACUACUGGACACUGGGUUUUCGGGAGUGUGUGGGAGAAGUGGUGAGGUAUCUUAGCUCUCUGGAGGGCAUGGAGUCCACAGACCCCAUUGGAGUACGCCUGGUGUCCCACCUGAGUCACUGCGCCAGUGAGUUGGACCCUCUUCAACAGAGCUCAGCUGCUCUGCCCUUCACCCCCUGGCCUUGGGGCUCUUUCCCACAGCUAAGCAGCCCCUCCAGCCUCACAGUCCCCUCACCCCCCUUUGCUUCUGACAGCCGCCGUGACCUGACCCCUCAUGCUGCCCUCUUGGCCUACCCUUCACCAGCCUUGCGAAUGACUCCUCUGGGCAGCCAGGGGGCACUAUUGAGUCCAGCCAUAUCUUUAGUGCGCAGGUUGCCUUCUGUCCCAUCCCGCUCUCACAGACUGCCUGAGCCGCCUCAGGAGGGCCCAGCCGCCCCCACAUCUCUACAUUCUGCUCCACCUCCUCGCUCUUCCUCCUCACCCUCUUCCAUCUCCUCCUCCUCUCCCACCUCCUCCUCUGCCAGCCAUUCUCAGGUUUCCUUCAGACCCUUUGCUGCUCUGGGGUCUCCAGCCCCAGUCAUCAGGGGCAUGGGUGGAUCCAGCAAGUCGGCGCAAACCUGGGGGACAGAGAUUGGGGCCUUCUGAUUCAAGUAAUGUAGCGGACUAUCAAAAGCAAUAGAGCAAUUGCUUGCCCAUCAGAACCAUGCAUUUAUGAUUGACCUGUCCAUGCUCUGCCCACAAAUACAUUCUUUUGUAGCAAUCAUCACCAUUCAGAUUGUUGUUGUAGUUAAUCAAAACUAGAAAAGUUGUAAAAGAAUUUGUCUCCAUGCUAAUGUUAGAUCAAGUACAUCACAAAAAACUACACCCAAUCUGUCAUAACUGUGACUUUUAACAUGCAUACAAAAUAAUGUAAUUACAAAUUAUUGACACUUUGUAAUUUUUUAUAUUUUGACAUUUUUUUGUCAACUUAAAUUUAAAUUUGCUAUGAAAGAUUGCAUUUGUAGGUGGAGCAUGUAUUCCAUAAAGGGAAAUUUCACUGAUAUUUCACUGAUAUUGAAGAGUUACAAGUCAUUCAGAGUGGUUUGAUGUGUGUAGAGAAUUUACCAGUAAUAGAAAACAUAGACUGUGAUGUCUACAAUGCAAAUAUAGCCUUAUUAUGACCUGUGAACCUUCAUGUGUCUUUGAGUUUUACAUAUCACAGCUCUCAGAAGAAAACCUUGUAUCUCCAUUUUUGUCAUUUUUCAGUUUUUGACAUAAUUUAAAAAUGCCUGUUGCCUUUUAUAUUGUGUUUAAAUUUCACAAAUAAUGGACCAAAAGAAACGGA